AUGUUGGAGUGGGUCUUCCGGAUCAAAAGGGAUCUAGAGGAGACUUUCAGGCGUUCGCUGUACACGAGUUAUGGAGAGAAUAAGUGUAUCUUGCUACCUAAGGACGAAUACAUCAAGUCUGUUGGCGAGUUGCUGGAAGCCACCCAGGCACCCAAGAAAUCACCGCGUCAGUUUUACUUGCUUAAGAAAUAUGAACUACUGCAGUGUGGGGACGUUCAAAAGCUCAUCAGAAAGAAGCCAAACCAGGAAUAUCCACUGUACUUCGCUACCAUCGAGGAGACCUUUGACAUCAUCAAGCGCGCCCACAUCGCUACUGGUCAUGGAGGACGAGACAAGAUGAUCAAGGAGAUCAACAAGAAGUACGCCAACAUCACCCAUGAUGCUAUUACCUUGUUCAAGUCCAUGUGCAUCGAGUGCCAGAGAAAACGGAAACGGACAACUACCAAGGGAAUUGUCGUCAAACCAAUCCUGUCUAAGGACUUCAGUUCCAGAGCGCAAGUUGACCUCAUCGACAUGCAGUCUAUGUGCCACGGUCAAACAAAUGGAUCAUGGUGUACCAAGACCAUCUUACCAAGUUCUGCAUCCUGCGUCCUCUCACUUCUAAGCGUGCAUCGGAAGUAG